AUGCAGGGAGUUUAUGUCAAACCAGGCAAAGCUGUUAUUAAAAGUACUGACAGUUGUUUGCAGCUUCAGUUUGGCCCCAACAGACUUUUGCAUUCAGCGGCUAUAUCAGAAGGGUCAAGCCUUUAAGAUUGUUCUCCACAUCAAAGAGCAUCAGAUCACAGCCAGGAGGAGCCAUCAAAUUCAGAUAGCUAUAAACCCAAGAGUAAAAACAAUUCUUGUUUUAUGUUGGCAUCCAAGAGAAACAAACCUGUCAGUGUGCCAGUGGGUCAGCUGAGAAUGCUCUGGGGUUUUACUGUAUCAGAGUCCUUUCUAAAAUUUAAGUCACCCCAUAAUUGCCAAAGAUUGUCACAGAGAUAUAAACUUUAACCAAAAGUCAUUAGAGUAACAGCUUACAAGAAUAGAGCUGAAACAGCCUUUGCCAAAGUUCCUGCACCAACCAUCACCUUAUUAUUAAUUGAGUGCACAAACAAACUGAAUCUGAACAUGGCCGCACGAUGAGUGUUCUUGGCAGAUGGUACGGAAGCCCUCAAAUCUGAAGAUAUACCCCGGGAAGCCAACAUUUAUGUUUCAACAGGAGAGCCCUUUUUACAUCCAUUCAGAAAAUGUAAAGACCAUCUGUUGUUAACGAAGAAAGUAUCUUGGACAAUGCAUGGGCAAAUGCUUCCAACUGAUGUCAAAAGACAGAAAACCAAGCCUGUCCUUUCCAGAAGGAUGAGGACACUUACUCAGAAGACAGCAGUGUGAGUUCUGUCCUUUAAGAAUGGCAUGGGGCAGGAUGGGCAUGACAUUACAGUGGCAAAGGAAACAAUGAGAAAGGUUUUAGAUGUCUUCACAAUGAAAAUGAAUCUAGAUUCACCAGCUAGAUAGAUUUAUGAUAUGAAUGGUAGAAAAGUUGAAGAAAUUUCAAAGGUAAUUCCUCUGCUUGAAAAAUGCCUGCAAAAUUCCAUCACACCUUUACGGGGACCACUCUGGGUCUCUAAGGGAGAAGGUUUCAACCCCUCAGGCGCUAAGAUGUACAUCCAAGGAGUUCUUGGGGCCUUAUAUCAACGACUAAAGUCUGCAAAAAAUUAUUACAAGCAGGUGAAUUUACUGCUGAAUAAAAAAAAAGCAAAAGUAAGAGAAAAGACCAUUCUUUCGAUGACACCAGAGGAAUACCAGAAGUCACAAGAAGAUGUGAGCAAGCUGAUUGAUGAAUUGCAGACAGCUAUCAAAAGCAGCAGAGGUCACCUCGCCAAGCUUGGCCCUCAAUUACAGGCUGAGCAGGAGCAGUUCUCCUCUUCUGUCUGCCAACACAUUAAAAGCCUUCCAGCAAACACCGUGGUCCCAGGAGCCUUGCAGCUCAAGGUAUUUGGAAAUGGUAAAGAUACCAGAGAGAUCUCUGUUUACAUCAGUAGAAAAGAUUCAGAGUCUAAUAGUCCAACUCAAAGUAAUGACUUAUGCACAACUCGCAGACGACAGUUCCUGAAAUCAUUCCCGAGCUUUGCAGCCAUUGAAAUUAAAACUCAUGGACGAGCUCUAAAAGAGCCAGCGGAGCCUGAGAGGCAUUUACUUCUCAGAAUCCACCACCGGCUUCCAGGUUCCUCCUUCAGUUCACAAGGCCUCCAUUUUUCUUCAGCCCGGAUUUUCGAUGAGCGCGGUCAAGAGAUUAAGAGUCCACUGCAGCUGAAGAAUGGGCAAAAAUGGCUUUCUUAUGGGAAAGCAUACAGUGCAAAAAUGAACAAAGAAAAAGAGAAGGAAGAAGAAAACAACAGAGCAAGAAGAUCUAGUCACAGGAGAAGACUCUCAGUGGCGACUGUGGAUCUCAAUGUCAUUCUUUAUGCCUCUGUUUCUAUCACAAAGUAUGUGAUCUCUGGGAAUGAAAUAAACAGCAGGAAUCAAAGAGUGUCCUGGCCAGAAGCCAGCAUGUGGCUGAUCACGAAGACUGGGAUGAUCCUGAGCACAGCGAUCACUCAGGGCUGUCUGGGUACUGGUCCUUCAGUCCAAGUCAAGACUGCCAAAGGGAGAGCAGUAGAAGGAUAUAAAUGACCGCUGCAGAGAAGACAUGAAGGAGAUGAGUCCCAGAAGUGGAUCUUCGGAACAGAGGGCUGUAUUUAUUCUAAGGCUAAGCCUCAGUUUGUCCUGACUUACCUGGAGGACCUCACUGCUGACGUGGAUGUGAGCCAGACAGAGCACAUUCCCCACGGAGCCUGGGCCACAGUUCACCAUGAACAUCGCCACCACUGUGGAGAAGAGGGGCUGCAGAAGCACGCCAACAGCCCUUUCCUGAAGCAGCUGCUGGAGCCCUCGGACACUCAUGUCGUGCCAGGCAGCUCUCUUGAGGCCACAGAGCAGCUGACAGUGCUGCUGCUGAGGAAAGUGGAAAGGAAACAUCCCAGGGCUCCUACUCAGAGGUUGGCCAUAAAGCAUAAAGGGACCAGUAAGCCUGGCCAAUGGAAACACUCCAAAGUUGAAAAGCCUCUGUGGAACAAGUACAUACUUACAUACAUGUGGCCCGUCCUGCCCAGUGGCCAGCUUAGUGAGGAGUUUGACUGACCAAUAGAAGGCUUACUGGUGCCAAACAGCCCUACCAUGAAGAGGCCGGUUUGUAAGACGCCAGAGCACCAUGUCCCUGUGAGACUCCAAAUCCUAAGGAACGGAGAGAAGAAAAACAGCAGAGCCCUUGUGAUUGGCCCUGAUGCCUCACCUGGGUGCAAAUGGCAGUGCACUGAAAUUUUAAAUUUACCUUCUGCUGCUCGGAGACUUUUCAAUGACAAAGGGAAGGAAGUUUUUUCCUGGAAAGACCUACAGGGAGAUGAGCUGGUAUAUGUUUCAUGUGGAGAACACUGGAUCAAUCCAGACCUCUCCGUUGCUCAACAAAAGAAGCAAGUCUUCCUCAGAAGCCUCGAAGCUGACAUUUCCAAGAUUAAAACCUUUUGCAGCAUGUGCAAGGUGGAAGCUCUUGUGUUAGAAGUCCAAGGUGACCUAGUGUCUGGGGGCAAACUAGCUGUGAAUAAACCUCUAGCUGAUUUUGAAGAAGAGAAGCAAAUGAAAGAACCAGAGGGAAAGCAGAUAGAAAAUGCUGCCUUAAUAGCAGGAGAUGCUUCUAGAGAAACUCUAGAUUCGCAUGCCAGAGCCCAUCUCCGCGUGGAAGCCUGCCGCAGGACGCUCAAGUAUGCUUGGCAGGAUCCUUCGUACAGCCUCGCUGAUGAUGACAGCCUUCCAAAGAAAAUGGAGAAAAUGCUCUUUAAAAAUGUGCAGCCCCCAAAGAAACACAGUCAUUUCGCCAAGCAUAGAAAACUGCAGAAGCUGUGUUACCAGGAGUUUGAAUACAGAGAUGGGCAAAUCAUUAGCCUUGCUGCUCCUCAGCUGGUCCUGGGGGUACAAGGCUUCAAACCCCGGUCAGGCACAGAAGUCAUUUUGGUGGAGAAGAAAUCCAAUGACAGUCACCAAUGCUGGAUGCAUAAGGAAGAUGGCAGGACCUUUCACCUGGCAAGUAAUCCAGACUUUGUGCUGGCAGUGUCUAUGACCAAGGCUCAAAAUGAAGGCCGUGGCUAUCCAGUUAUCAUUCAGAAAUAUAAGCCAUACAGCAAUGGGGCUGCCAAUCAGAAGUGGCAUUACAUGGAAAAUAAGAGAACAUUGAUAGCCUUUCACAGCACGACCCUGGAUAAGGAAAUCACAGCAGCAAAUUCAGCUGGCCUUUGCACGUCAUCUGUCACUAAAGAAAACAUUGAUCAACCUGGAUACUGUUACCUCUCACCAGAUGGAAAGAGAAAAAUCAUGCUCUGCCUGGCUUGCGGACGGUCCAUGGGGGCAGAGAAGGGGCUGAGACCACUGCUUCUGAGGGCUUCAUUCUUCUGUGCUUCGGGCUCUGAGCAGAAGUCCUUGCCACGGGGGCCUUUCAAGGUCAUCAGUGUCACUAAGGCUGAUUUAUCUUCUUAUGAAGCUGAAAACACUCUAAGAUACUAUGAAAAGCGUCUGUCAUCUUUAUGGUUGAAGACACGUGCAUGCACUGCAACUCAUGGUGGUGUGGUAGCUUCAUACCAGAAGGCAGUCAAAAUAAUUGCAUACAAAAAUGGGGAUGGAUAUCGGAAUGGGAAGUUGAUUGUGGCUGGAACAUUCCCCGGGCUUCUUGCAGAAUGCACGGAACGACUUAAACUCACCAGAGCAGCUUCCAAAAUCUACACCAAAGAUGGAACCACCAUCCUCACCUUGCAUGGCUUGAUUCUGUGGGCUGUAGGUGAAAACCUUCUCCAGAGAGACCCUGAGGAACAAGAAAAAAGCACAGAGUCAGUUGGGACAGAAGAGCUAGCUGUUCAAAGUACAGAAGAAAGCUCAAGAUUGAAAAUGGAAAGCAGACUGGACUAUUUGGAGGGCAUAGAUAAGUCUCUGCUUGCUCAGGUCCUCAGAAGUCCUAUUGCUGUUUGGGUGUCUUGUGGUGAACCAUUUAUGCCUCUAAAUGCACCACAGAAAUCAGAAAAAUUAAAGAAACAAGACUGGCUAAAGAGGGACAAAAUUUUGAUUGAUUUAGACACCAUGAGACACAAGAUGCGACAGUUGAAAGGGCGGCGAGUAGCAGCCUGCCAGCCAGCCACCAUGGUUCCCACCCAAAGCCCUCUACAGCCAGUGAUAGUACAAGGAGGCUGGACUGAAGAGACUCCAGAAGAAACAAAGCUCAUGGAACUGAUAAGACAGACAGAGGCACACCUUUCUGAAGGCCAAGGACGACAGUCCCGGUGCUCUCUGACCACAGCUCCAUGUAAGAGAGCAGAGCAGCUCAGCCUGUACCAGGCUCCCGUGGUGAAACGGGUGUGGGUGUACGAGAACGGGCGCAGACCGGAUGGCGGCACUUAUGCCUGGGCCAGUGCUGUUUCAGAGUUGCUGGAUGUCUGCACUGCUCGUCUGAAAAUGUCGCCCCCAGCCAAAACCCUUUAUACCUCAAGUGGGGAGCUCAUUCAGUCAUGGGACGAGAUAGAGAGGGAUAUGACUGUCUGUGUGUCUGCAGGACAUGGCUUUAUAACCUCAAAAGAAAAAAAGCAAGUGGUGGAAGUUAAAGCAAAUUAUGCCAGAGUCCGAAGGCAGCAUGGCCCCGAAGCAACAGACAUUGUGGUGUCACCAUCCGUGCAGCUGCUGUCUCUCAUGCAGCUACACAAUUGACUGUAUGUCUUGUGCUGUAGUUUACUCAUAUAGCUGUGUGUACAUUUCAUGUGCUCAUAUCAUGUCAUGUGACAUAACUUCUUAUAUUUUUGGUUGUGAGCCUAGCCUUUAACAGCUGAGCCAUCUCUCCAGCCCAUGACAUGAA